AUGCUAACCACCACAUGGAUUAAACGACUGGGAAAUCACGACGAAUGGUACCGUCCAUUCUGUCCCAUUAACAAAGCCAAACAAAUAUUAAACAGUUCCAUCAUUAUAACGCAUUAUUUGGCUCUUCUCAUUAGUAGCGUUCCCCCUAAUUAUUUAGAUAAUAUAUUUCUUCGUUUUUUAACCACCGGGGACUUGACUUCGUACGAACGCCCAAAACGGAACUGUGCCCCAUACCAACAGCCACCUAAAAGAAAGCAAUGGUCUACCGAACCACGUCAAACCAUUGUUUUUGCAAUGUUUGGUCGCGAUAUGAAAAUCGUCUUACUGAAUGAGAUGGAAGAGGAAAUUGGAAAGUGCAGGUAA